UAAUCACCUGCUCAUGUGUGCUGAGGCUAUGGGGUACCGUGAUGUAGCACCUGAGACAACACAGAAGCUCGAAGCUCUUUUUCAAAGCGGCCACUCUCCCUCUUCUGCUUUAAGCACUUUAAAAUACGACCUUCAGGAGGAGAAGGGUGAUGCCUAUGUCUUUGCUUCUGCGGAUCGCUCCAUCUGCCCUGAUCUGAGUUUCUGCUUCAGACUGUAUUACAACAUAUUUAAAAAGGCUUAUGGUGAGCUAUCCGGGGAUGCCAUGCUUUGCAGCCUCCAGUCAUCUCUUGAUGAAUACAAUGCCCAACAGGGAGAGACAUGCGCACUACUGAAACUAGAUGGCAAUCAGACCAUCAUUGCCAUCUGCACUCCACUGAUGAAGCGUGUCCAUGCUCUUGUUCGGCACAGUGCAGAGAUCGUCUUUGUGGACUCCUCUGGCAACUGUGACCGCACAAACAGCCGUAUUUUUCUUCUGUUGACGCAUUCAGCUGCUGGUGGCCUGCCCCUGGGAGUGGUGAUCACAACCUCUGAGUCGCAGAAUACCAUCACUGCAGGACUUAAGUUGCUGAAAGACCUUCUCCCGCAGGACGCAUUCUCUGGGAGAGGAGACCUUGGCCCACAGGUCGUGAUGACCGACGACUGCCAGGCCUUGCGUCAGGCUGUCCUUGACGUGUACCCCCAAACCCACCCCAUUCUCUGUGUCUUCCACAUCCUUCAAGCGAUGUGGAGAUGGCUGUGGGAUGCUAACAAUGGGGUCCCAAAAACUCACCGCCAACAUCUGUUGCAGCUGUUCAAGGUACUGGUCUAUGCAAGGUCUCCAUCAGAUCUGGAUGCUUCAUACCAUCAAGCCAUCCAGGACUCCAUAGCUAGCCAGUACCAAAAGUACACGAAACAUCUGGCAGCGGUUUUUAAGAGGCGUGAGCUGUGGGCACUCUGUCUGCGUUCCCAUCUCCCAACACGAGGGAACAACACCAACAACUAUGUGGAGAGUGCGAUGAGGGUACUCAAGGACCAGAUCUUCUACAGACUGAAAGCGUACAACAUCACCCAACUGGUGGACUUCAUCACAACCAGGCUAGAAGCUUAUUACAUCCGAAGGCUCAUAGAUGUGACUAACAACAGGACCACCAAAAAGCUGCCAAAGCCGAAGGGGCGUGUGAGCACCGAUGGCAUUGUGAAGGAGGAUGAAGUGAAUUUCACAGUCCCUAGUGCCUUGACUGAUGCCACAUACAAUGUGAAUGUGUCCUUGGGGACUUGCACCUGCUCAGAUGGCAGCACUGGUGCUUUCUGCAACCAUCAGUAUGCAGUGAUGCAAGCCUUCCAACUGCAAGACAGCAACCCUUUAGCAAUUACCACACCUGCCGCAAAGAGGUUGUUUUAUCAGAUCGCAACAGGAAAGAACAAUGUCCCAGACAACUGGUUCAUGCGUAUGGAGGAAGUGGAGGAAAUUCCAUCUGUUGCAGAUCUCCAGAAAGACCAAGCUAUAUCAACAGAUGAAGGGUCAUCAGCUGAUUCCUCACUUGAUGAAAGCUUGCUAGCCGGUGAAGGCGGCUCUACAGACGCUGAAGACCUGUCUGUUCCUGUGACAGAACUUGAGGAUCGUUUCAAAAACAUGUGUGAGGGCCUGCUAGGAAAAAUGAAAACUGAUCCAAAUUUCCAGACGGCAUUGCAAAAAAUGGUUACUUCUUACAAUAAGAUGACUGACAAUCAGCUUAUUUCAGCGUUGUCCACGUUUGGGAAAUCUGGCACAAACACUGCAGCCAAGCUGUUGAAAAAGAGGGCAAGAAAAUGCUUACAGAUGAGUGUGGCAAUUGGUGUACAACCAACUGCAGUUGCUCGCCGUAAAGCCCCACUCGGAGGUAGACGGGCACUUAUAACUGGGCGUCCUACUAAAAGAGCCCGGAAAGACCACAAUUAUGUCCGAGUUGUCGGGGCAAAUGCACUGCCCAAACGGUCACCACACUCAUUUGCCCAAUGUGUUUCCGAGUGUGUGACUCUGGGCCGUCAACACAGAAAAUAA